AAGGACUAUAAAGCCAGUAUCAGGUCCUCUGGAAUAGCAGGAUAGUGUCUCAGCUACACAAUGCUGUGGAUCAUUAGUUGCCUUGCUCUUGUGGCCUCCACACUAGGAUGUGGAGUGCCCACAAUUAAACCUCAAGUUAGUGGCUACAACAGGAUUGUGAACGGUGAGAACGCAGUGUCUGGAUCCUGGCCCUGGCAGGUUUCACUCCAGGAAACAACUGGCUUCCAUUUCUGUGGAGGAUCCCUCAUCAGCCAGUACUGGGUCGUAACUGCUGCCCACUGUCGUGUGGUGCCCUCACGUCAUCGCGUUGUUCUCGGUGAGCAUGAUCGCGCAUCUAGUGCUGAGCAAAUUCAAAUCAAAACCAUUGCCAAGGCCAUCACCCACCCUUACUAUAACAGCCAGAACUUCAACAAUGAUAUCACCCUGCUGAAGCUGUCCUCUCCAGCUCAGCUGACCAACCGUGUGUCUCCUGUGUGCCUGGCCACUUCUGUUACCAAUGUUCCCACUGGCACACGCUGUGUAACCACUGGCUGGGGCAAAACAGCUUUCACAUCGAGUCCAAAUAUUCUGCAGCAGACCGCCCUUCCUAUACUGAGCUUAGCACAGUGCCAGCAGUACUGGGGCAACAGGAUCUUUGAUUCUAUGAUUUGUGCUGGAGCCUCUGGUGUUUCCUCUUGCCAGGGUGACUCUGGUGGCCCUCUGGUUUGUCAGAGUGGUGGUGCCUGGCAUCAGGUCGGAAUUGUGUCUUGGGGAACAACCAACUGCAACGUGCGCGCCCCUGCUGUCUACGCCCGUGUUUCCUACCUCCGUAACUGGAUCGACCAGAUUGUUGCCAGCAACUAGGCAGCCAACAGCUUCAUGGUGACCUUAAGGAUCUCAGUAAUUUAUGUUCCUGUUUUUGACAAUUCUGUCCUUAUCAACAGCUAAGGUCACUCUCCAUCAUUUUUAUUAGAAACUAAUUCCUAAUAAAGGUUCAAGAAGCAAUCCAUA